GAGCUCGGGAGCACACAUGAGCCAGAGAGCAUGGGCAGCGGGGUCAUGCUUCAUAAAGGACGCCGUUACAAUAGGUUUACUGUUACUCUGACGAAUGCCGGGAUACAAUGUGGGUGAAUGUGCUGGCCCGAUGAGGCUCCAGUUCUCUGCAUUUUUCCACUUGAUGACAAGGAAGAAAGACUGAGACGGGACAGCAUGUUAUCAGAGGACGGCCCUGAAGUAACCUCACGGACUAAUGGGGCUUAUACUGCUGAGCCUGAUUCUCCGGUACUGGGUCAACACCGUGGAGGGAUCAUGUUCGGCUGGCAGCGCUGUGACUUGUGACCAGUGUCUGCAGCUCAGUCCUCAGUGUGCCUGGUGCACGCAGGAGAAUUUUACAGACUGGUUUUCAGUCAAAGAGAGAUGCGACACAUUGGAUAGCUUACUAGAAAAGGGAUGUGCCAGGGAUCAACUUCAGUUCCCUGUUACCAAAGUUGAAAUCCUCCAGGAUCGGCCUCUUGGGAAGAAGACAGAAAACGAUAACAGCACUCAGAUCUCCCCACAGAAAAUGUCAUUAAAGCUGCGACCUGGCAACCAGCUGUCUUUUCAGGUUAGCGUUCAACACACGGAGGACUAUCCUGUGGAUAUGUACUACCUGAUGGACCUGUCGGCGUCCAUGAUCGAUGACCUGGGGAAGAUCAAGAACUUGGGCACCUCUCUGUCUCAAGAGAUGGCCAAACUCACCAGUAAAUUUCGAAUGGGCUUCGGCUCUUUUGUGGAGAAGCCCGUACUUCCGUUCAUUAAGAUCACAGAAGAAGACAGGAGCAACCCCUGCAGCAGCGUGGGCUCGUCCUGUCUGCCAACAUUUGGCUAUAAACACGUCUUGUCUCUGACGAGCAGCACUGACAAGUUCAACGAGAUAAUAGCUAAGCAGCAUGUGUCUGCGAACGUUGAUGUGCCAGAGUGCGGCUUUGACGCCAUCAUGCAAGCAGCCGUUUGUGGGGACAAGAUCGGCUGGAGGAAUGACUCCAUGCGUCUGCUGGUGUUUGUUAGCGACGCCGACUCGCACUUUGGGAUGGACAGUAAGAUGGCUGGCAUCGUGAUUCCCAACGACGGCCAGUGUCACCUGGACGUCAACAACGAAUACUCCAUGUCCACAGUGCAGGAGUAUCCCACUCUCGGCCAGCUGAUCGAUAAGGUGGUGGAGAACAACAUCUUGCUGAUAUUCGCUGUCACGGAUGAUCAGAAACUCAAAUAUAAGAACUAUGCAAAUCUCAUACCCGGCGCCACAGUGGGAGUCCUGGCGAAGGAUUCACGGAACAUCCUGGAACUGAUUGUGACAGCGUACAAAGAAUUGCGCUCAGAGAUCGAACUAGAGGUCCUUGGAGACACGGAGGAGCUGCAGAUGUCCUUCACAACCAUUUGCCCAAAUGGAAGUGUCCUCCCUGAUGUAAAACACUGCUCCAACAUCAAACCAGGAGAGACGGUGGUUUUCAAUGUGUCCGUGGAGCUUCCAGGAUGCUUUUCAGGAGUUCGGCACUUUUCCCUCAAGCCGGUGGGCUUACAGGACAGUCUGGAGGUGGAACUGGAGUCCCUCUGUGAAUGCGACUGCCCUCAGCCUCCUCACACAAACAGCAGCCAGUGCACCGAGGACCAGGGGACUUUCCAGUGUGGCGUGUGUGUGUGUCAGCCGGGGUUCCUGGGAGCACAGUGCGAAUGCAAUGAGGAGGACGCUUUGUUGAGUAACUGCGUUGCAAAUAACGCGUCCGAAAUAUGCAGCGGUCAGGGGCAGUGCUACUGCGGACAGUGUGCGUGUCAUGCAUCGAGCUUCGGUCGCAUUUACGGACCUUACUGCGAGUGUGACAAUUACUCCUGUGUUCACUUCCGCGGGGAGCUCUGCGGAGGCCACGGAGUAUGUGACUGUGGUGAGUGUCACUGUCAAAGCGGCUGGACGGGGGAGUAUUGUAACUGCAGCACCAGCACCGAGGCGUGCAUGUCGGAGGACGGCGUGCUCUGCAGUGGUAGGGGGAAAUGUGAGUGCGGCCACUGUGUCUGCUCUGUACCUGGAGCAUCUGGGGACAAAUGUGAGAAGUGCGCAACAUGCGGAGACGCCUGUACUUCUGCAAGGGCCUGUAUAGAGUGCCAUCUACAAGAUAAGGACGACACCGAGCUGUGUGAUCACAGGUGCAGCUUUUCUAAAAUUACCAUCAACACAACAGCAGGUUAUGACAAGAGUCCUUCUAUGCCUUGCUCGCUGAUGAUGAAAAACGAGUGCUGGGUCUCGUUUAAUGUGGUACAAGAUGAGACGGGGAGCACUGCCUACAAUCUCCAGACGUACGGAUGCCCGGAGUCCCCCAACAUCACCAUGAUAGUUGUGGGGGUCUCCCUCUCUGUCGUGUGCAUCGGCCUCAUUCUCCUGGCUGUCUGGAAAGUUCUGGUGUCAGUCCACGAUCGUAAAGAAGUGGCCAAGUUUGAGGCUGAGAGGGCGAAGGCGAAGUGGCAGACGGGGACCAACCCUCUGUUCAGGAGCUCAACAUCUACAUUCAAAAAUGUGACCUACAGGCACACGGAGAAAGACAAGAUUAUUACAAAUCACUGCUGAAGACAGACUGGAGGUCAUGUAAACAGACAUCUGAGUGCACUUAAGUGUGUGUGUGUGUGUGUGUGAGUGUGUGCGUGCGUGCGUGUUUGUUUGUAUGCGUAUGAGAUAGAGGAGAGAGGAAAUCUGUACAAUAGUUGCAAUAGUGCAAAACUCUUGUUAAUUCAGAGAUGCUAAUGUAACACAGUAGACAACGCUGUGAUCAGACACUACAUGAUGAAUUUGCUGCUCGGUAUACUGCUGAUGUUCUGUCAAACACUGACCACUGAUGUUGCAUGAUCCAACGCAAGUGUUUGUGUAACCGCAGGUUGGAAAGUGAGAAGUCUACGUUGCUAGUGGUUUACUACUGAAAAAAAGAAAGAUUAGUUUUAUGCAAAUGUAAAUAUGCAGGUGUAUGGUAUGUCUUUUUAAAAUAUUGUAUUUGUGGAUUUAUUGUUAAACAGGGCUGAGCCUUUGAUGUUUAUAGUAUUUUUUGUGGUGUAUGGCACAUAAAUAAAGUUUAAUUUUGACUUGU